AUCUAAUACAGGAGUGACUCCAUUUUACCACUAUGAAGAAAGGUGGUGUUCCUCUCCUUUUGGGUAUCAUCUUCCUGAGUCUGAUUGGAAUGCAAGGAUCUCCAACAAUGAGGAAUGGACGCUGUUCCUGCAUCAACACCACCCGAGGGACGAUCCGUUCAAAAUCCUUAAAGGACCUUAAACAAUUUGCCCCAAGCCCUUCUUGUGAGAAAACUGAAAUCAUUGCUACAAUGAAGAAUGGGUAUCAAACCUGUCUAAACCCAGAUUCACCAGAUGUGAAACAAUUGAUUAAACAGUGGGAGAAACAGGUCAGCCAAAAGAAAAAGCAAAAGAAAGGGAAAAAAUAUCAAAAAACCAAGAAAAUUCCAAAAGUUAAAAAAUCUCUUCGUCCUCCUCAAAGGAAGACUACAUGAGCGACCACUUUAACAACAAGUUCUUUUUGUGUUAAAAAAGGUCCCUUUUAGCUAUACUGAACUAAUUCCAAAAAGUAGUGGCAUUUAAUACAUAAGCUUGUUGAUUUGAGUAGAAAAUUUAAAGCACUAUUUUGAAAUUGUAAUUAAAGCUAGAAAGUUGCUUUUAAAAUCCAAAUGUGAAGAAUUGUCAGAGGCUGUACUUCUCUCUUUGUUCUCCCACCUCCGAAGAACUGAAUCUCAUCAUGCUUAAGCCAGCCAUCUCAGUAACGCCCACAUCUGGACAAAUGUGCUCACAACCACAUCCCACACACAGCAGCUGCCUGGGAGAACAGCUGAAGGCUUCCCAGGCCUCCAGAGAAUAUCCCGAGAAACACGUCAGCAGGCCAGCCUGGCAGCAUGCGGGUAAGCUAAGCAGUCUGGAAUUGAGCUGGACCUCACCAGGCUGCCAUAGCCAUCAGCAUCUGUGUUUGAAUCCGCCUGUGGGCCUUGCGUACAAGGCAUCUGAGAUACUCGUGCUGGUGGUUUCUGGGGACCACCACCGGAGAACACCAGCACUUGCCUUUUAGAACCUUCUGCCUGGUUUUGGGGCCAGGUGACUCCAUCUUGCCUGCCCAAGCUGACUGCUUUAUUCCUUACUGUUCCCUUUGCUUCAGUCAAGCCAGAUCCUCACCAUCCUGCCACCAUUCAAUGCCUGCCCCCUCUGCUACACAGGUCAGGUUCUCACUCACCUGGGUCUACUGCUUUCUCAUCCUUUCCCCAACAUCCCACAGAAAUACCUUCUUCUCGUCACUCAUCCUCACUUGAUUCAGUCUUCAAAGCUCAUUUUAAUCCUGCCUUUUAAAUAAAA